AUGAGCUCUACCGAGAUUGAUCAGGAGCGUGAAUUCUCGCACUAUGGGACGGAUGAUGCUCCUAACAACAAUGGAAUACAGGAUAAUUCUGAAGACUCUGAGAUUGUUGCCAUGAAGCAGCGUGUUGCAGAGAUGGAGGCAGAGGCUGCCAAGCUUCGCGAGAUGAAUGAAGCAGCAGAGCGCGAAAUCGAGGGAGCAGGAGCGGUUCAUCCGACGGAAGAAGAGAGAAUGAAAACGGAUGCACGCAGUAUAUAUGUUGGAAACGUCGACUAUGGUGCGACGCCAGAAGAAAUCCAGCAACACUUCCAGAGCUGCGGUACGAUCCACCGUGUUACGAUUUUGUGUGAUAAAUUUACCGGCCAUCCAAAAGGCUUUGCUUAUGUCGAAUUUGCUGACCCUUCCUUCGUCGAGAAUGCCAUGGUACUGAAUGAAAGUCUAUUUCGAGGGCGUCUUCUCAAGGUACGUGAACUACUUAUUUAUAACCAGGUUACUCCCAAACGGACGAAUGUUCCCGGCGUAGGUAUGCGUGGCCGCGGCCGUGGCCGUGGCUUCCGAGGGGGAUUCCGUGGCUACCGUGGAGGUUUCCGUGGUCGUGGUUCCUGGCGCGGUCGUGGUCGGGGAUGGUAA